CAUGUCCCUCUGGGAGGGGACGCUCCGGGGCAAGAGCUCCAGCGGCAUCUUCUUCCACGUGGUGACCCCCGACCGCAUCCCGCAGUUCACCAUCCCCUGCCUGGACGUCCACGGGAAGCACAGGGGCUCAGGGAAGGGGAUGGGGCAGCUGGAGGGGACGGCGUGGAGGAGCAGCUCGGACCCGGCGGGGCGGGAGGAGCUGCCGGGCUCCGACUCCUCCGGCCCCAACUCCUCCUGCACUGACCCCCCCGCCCAGCCGAGCCCAGACCUCACUGCCUGGGCAGCUCUGUCCCUGCCCCACCUCCCCAAGGUCACCACCCCCUACGGCUUUGUCACCCUGGGGCAGAGCCCGCAGGUCACCAGGGAGGAGGCGUUUUUUCACUCGGGCUCCGGCCACCCUCGAGGUCCCGCUGCCGAGACACGUCCCGGCUGGCAGGAGGAGCCAGGAUGCUGCAGACACCCCGGGAUGGCUGUUGCUGAGGGAGAUUCCCAGAAGGAUGGAGGCCAGAGGGGCCACAAGCAGCCGAGUCCUCGUGCCACCGGUCUCAAGGACGGCAGAGCCAGCCCAGCCUUCGGGACCCCAGCAGGGACAUGUGCCAGCCCCGCCAGAGACAUCCAAAGAACAGACAUUCUGGAGAGCAAAGAGGCACAGAAGAGGGAGAAGAGGCUCCUGGGGGUGGGUUACCAGAGGAGCAGCUCCAGCCUGGAGCUCCCUGCUGUGACAGGCAGGAAAAACUUGUUCCAGAGGAUCCUCAGGAGGCGCCUUGUCCAGCCCCGGCAGCUCAAGCCCGUGGAUUUCACUCUCCACUGAUCUUGCAAAGAGAAACAGAGGUUCCCCAAAGACCUGGGGAAGAGAGACUUGUGUAAGUGCCUCAGCCUGCAGGGCAGCCAGGCUGGGACGGGAGGGUGAGGGUAUCACCUCACCUGCAGGGGAAGCCUUGAAGUGACAUUGCCCUUGGCUGGGGAGGGACAUCUGAGGGGCAGGAGGGGCAGCAGUGCUGGGGAGCAGAGGGGCUGUGGGUUUGUGACUGUUCAGAGUCUGAAUAAAAGCGAGAACAUUUCA